CUUCUGCUCUUUGUUUUGAUUCGGCGGUGUUCAAAAUUUGCCCGAAAAGCAAUGUGUUUUGAUUAAAUAACAACCAAAGUAAUUAUUUUCCUGUUUUCUCCGCAAGUAGUUUCCCCGCCUCAACAUGAACCAAGCCGAAGUGGCCAAACUGAUGUCACAGCUGAAGAUUGUCGUCCGUCCCCGGCAUCGGAAUCUGAAGAAUCAAGACGGACCGGAAGGCCGACUCAACAAGCUGCGCAAAACAGUUACUGCACUGGUGAAACACGAACGCAUUGAGCUGAACUACCAGCGAGCGGACGAGGCACGGGGCUAUGCGGAAAGGUUAAUCUCCGAUGCCAUCCGGUAUGGUGACAGCCACAAGGCGACGAUGGAAAUGGCCGACUAUUGGCUAGUGGAAAAGCAACUGGUGCAUAAGCUGUUCAAAGUGUUGGCCCCGCGCUUCCAGGAGUACACGGUGUCCGCUACGAGGAUGUAUAAGGCCCCGAAGGAAUACCCGGGUUGGUAUCGAAAACGGGCGGUGUUGGAAUUGCGGGGUAAUCCCUAUCCACCGCUGGUGCCGAAUAUGAAUCAGAAUCGCAAUUUGCUGCAUAAUGUGUUGCUGGAUGAGGCGCAGAAAGAAUUUCGUAAGGAAAAGUAUGCGGAGAUUGCGGCGCAGAUUGGGGAAAAGGGUAAGGAAGAAAGUGAAGCGAUAAAAUGAUGUACUUGGAGAAUAUUUUUAGAAAUGUAGAAUUAUAGCAAGAA